AUGCACAUCCCAAACAACAGCAUGAAAUCAAGGAUUUAUUCAAAGGAAAAGCUUGGUGCAGGUAAUGUUGCCUUUGAGAAAGUUUGCUUCUCGUAUCCUACAAGGGAUGGACCUGUUUUGAAUGAAUUUUCGUGGGAAGCUCGUGCUGGAGAGUCGGUAGCUCUAGUUGGGCCUAGUGGAUGUGGAAAAAGUACAUCGAUUGCUCUGCUUACGCGUCUGUAUGAGGCUAAUGAGGGUAAAAUCACUAUCGAUGAUGUAGACAUUCGUGAAAUUGAGGUGUCAGCCUUGAGAAAGAGUAUAGGAAUUGUGCAGCAAGAACCACAACUCUUCAGGGGUACUGUACGUGAGAACAUUUCGUUGAAUAGAGAAGGCAUAGAUGAGGAAAAGAUUAGAAAAGCUGCUGACAUAGCAAACGCUACUGGAUUCAUCGAGGAACUACAAAAUGGUUUUGACACACUUCUUGGUUGCGGCGGAAUUACCCUAUCGGGAGGACAGAAGCAACGUAUAGCAAUAGCUCGAGCUAUUGUUACCAAUCCAUGUCUUCUACUACUAGACGAAGCAACCAGUGCCUUGGAUGUGAAUAGUGAGAAGGUUGUUCAGGUAAAUCUUGCAGAAGAAAGGGAUUGA